AUGCAAAUGCGAUGCGAUGCGAUUUUCAUGAUUGGCACUAGUGGUUAUAUCAACCAGCAGGGCACUUGCUUUGCCAAUGUCAUAUCCCGGCCCGGUAGAAAUGAGAUCCAGUUCUACUCGUUGCUUGACAGCGAAGCCAGGCCUUUGAAAAUAGAACUUUCGGACGAUCUGGAAAUUGUAGCCGCCUGCUGGUUUGUUGAAAAUUCCCAUAAUAAAACAGAACGAGCCAAAAAGAGGAAAGUGGACGACGCCAACACGUCUUCAAAUGUAAUUGAUACCACAGAAUACUUUGUAGUUGGCCACAGUUCCGGCAAAAUUGCCGUUUUUUCAGCGCUGCAAAAUUCCGAAGUCAACUCUUUCCACCUUGAAACGGCAGUUGUGGCAAUGACGACAGGAGAAAAAUCGAUUUUGUGCCUAGACACCGAGCUGAGUAUCAUCGAAGUGACGAUUCCAGAAGGAAAAAAGCUCAAAACAAAAAUAUUCAAAGACAUAUCUGACAUCCAAGCCGUGCAAGUAUACAUGGACAAAAACAAGAAACAAAACUACAUAUUAGGAAACCAACACUUGAGUUUGGUAGACCCCUCGAAGCCGAAAAACUUUCUCGUAAGUCGAUUUCAAGGCGACCUGCUGGUGGUAUCGAUAAAGGCAUCGAAACUUCAUCCCACCGUUUACUAUGCCAUUCGUGAAAAUGACCAAAAGAUUUAUGUCUACGACGUUGAAACUCAACAGGAGAGGACCCACGCAGCGUCUUCGGCGAUUCUGAGCAUUUAUGUGUGUGCAUCGGGCUCGGAUGAAGCUAUUUUUGUGGUUUCAGAAACAGGUAUUGAAGUGUUCGUAAUGGAUUUUGAGUCUGAUUUCCACGAAAGACCGCCCGCAUGUUUGAUCAGAACCUCCUCGCAAGAUGACGAGGUUCCAGUUCGUUUUUCGGCGGUUUGUUAUCGAGACGAUAGUCUCACUGGAAUUUGGUAUAAAGGCUUGCAGCCUCAGUUUGAAGAUAUUGACUGGAAUUUCAAGUCUGUGGGAGAGGUUAUCGUUUCCAUACAAACCAGUGAAAAGGAACCAGCCAGCAAGGUGAACACAGAUACAAGCAUAAUUGUUCCCAAACUGACGGAAAUUAAAAACAUUCCCAGUGAAAUUCUCUUUGACAAAAUUCGCAGCCAUCUUCAAGAACCCGAAAAACUUAUCCACUUGUGCUCCACCAAUAAUGACGAGGCCAGUAUCAAGGAAGUAGUUAAGAGAUUUUCCGCCGAAGAAAAUGGGCUGGAGAGCAUAUCCAAACUCUAUGAAAUAGUAAGCCAUGAAGUAGCUUCCAAGCCAGACGAUACUGCCGUUCUUGCCCUUUGGCUCAAGUGGAUUCUCUUGACUCAUGGCGGUGCUCUCUCCAAAAGUGGAGAUCAUUACAGCGAUUUCAAGCAAUUACAAAAAGGUUUAUCCAAGGGUAUGGAACAAAUGCCGCAAUUGUUGGCUCUUCAAGGACGCUUACAACUUCUCCGAGCACAAGCACAAUUGCGGGAUACUCUGAUAGAAGUAGAAGAGCCCGAGGAGGUUGGAAGAGAGAGCUCUGUGGUUUAUGCCAAUGGCGAAGACGACGAUGAAAUUGAUGAGGAUGAAGAAGAUGAAGAGGAGACGAAAGUAGACGAAUAG